UUUCCUAAAUUCAUGAGAUUCUGAGAUGCCUGUUGUUUUUGUUUGUUUGUUUGUUUGUUUGUUUUCCAAGCUUUACAGUAACUGCUAAGGUUCAACUUCGAAUUGAUUCAUUAAAUAUUCAUAAGAUACUUCAUUUUAUUCUUGAUGGCCUUUCUGACACAUGGGUGGGAACAAGUGAGACACUGACACCACUGGAAACUUUCUGUGUGGGAAUAUCAGUGUCAUGUGAUCAUCUGCACCUUCACACAAGGUCCCUGUGAGGGACGGUCUCACACAUCAGGACCCGCCUGGUCUCACAGCAGAGGGGAAGCCAGCAGAGCCGGGACGUGCUCACCUGCUCCUGACCAAGCCUGUGCUCCAGCUGGGGUCAUCCCAAGCUUGAAGCUCUCAGGAAUGAGUGAGGGAGUGACAUACUUAGAGUUGAAAUUGCCUCACUCAAAGAAAGAGAAAGGCCAAAGACAUCAAGCUCGCAAAAGGAAAGCAAACCCAUGUAUAGUGAUCCUGGGAAUAAUAUGUCUGUUUCUCCUGCCGGCAAUCACGGGCUUAGGAUAUAUGUUUUUUCAGAGGUGUUGUGAUUGCACGAUGCAGGAUACGGGAAACACAAAUGGAAACAACAUGACCUCAGUGGAAGCUGAAGAGCCUUCGGUUUCACCACCUGGUACAGAAAGACAUUGUGGAUCCUGUCAAAGACAAUGGGUUUGCUGUGGAACAAAUUGCUACUAUUUUUCUAAAGAAGAGGCAACUUGGAAUGAGAGUGCAAAGUCAUGCCAGGACAAGAAAUCUCAUCUUGUUACCAUCAAUGACAAAGAGGAACAGACUUUCAUUCAAACACAAACGAAAUACAAUUAUUGGAUUGGAUUAUACAGAAAAGGAGCUAAAUAUGAUUGGACGUGGCAGGACGGCACAGUACCUGCUAAGGACCUCCUGGAACUCUCAGAAAUGAGUGAGGAGAGAGUGACACGCCUAGAGUUGCAAUCGCCUCAUGCAAAGAAAAAGAAAAGCAAAAGGCAUCCAGCUCCCAAAAAGAGAGGUCUCUGUGAGGGACGGUCUCACACAUCAGGACCUGCCUGGUCUCACAGCAGAGGUGAAGCCAGCAGAGCCGGGACGUGCUCGCCUGCUCCUGACCAAGCCUGUGCUCCAGCUGGGGACAUCCCAAGCCUGAAACUCUCAGAAAUGAGUGAGGAGAAAGUGACAUACUCAGAACUGAAAUUGUCUCACGCAAAGAAAAAGGAAGGCAAAAGACAUCUAGCUCACAAAAAAAGAGAAAACCCAUGCACAGUAAUCCUGGGAAUCAUCUGUGUUGUGCUCCUGCUGGCAAGCAUAGGGUUAGGAUAUAUGUAUUUUCAGAAGUGUCCCAAAUGCACAACACAGGAUAUGGAAAACACAAAAGAAAAGAAUACUUCCUCAAUACAGCUGGAAGACCAUUCAGUGGUGCCGUCCGGUAGAGGUUUGUACUCAAUCUUUAGGUUAAUAGUUGACAGGUUAUUUUCAUAG